AGUCAUUGUUUUCAACAACAUUUGAAGAUGAAUGAUAUGAAAACCUGUUAGGCUAACUACAUAAGACUUUUCUCAUAUCAUUGAAGAAUUAAUUAUAGAUGAUGGCUGACACAGAUUUACAUGAGGCAUGUGGUGUGUUUGGAUGUGUAGCAACAGGUGCAUGGCCAACACAGUUAGAUGUAGCACAUACUAUUUAUCUUGGUUUAGUUGGCUUACAACACAGAGGACAAGAGAGUGCUGGUAUUGUAACUAGUUUGGGUGCUGAAGAUUCCAAGUUUAAAACAAAGAAAGGGAUGGGACUGGUAACACAUAUCUAUACAGAAGAAGACAUUGCAAAGCUGAAAGGCAAUAUAGGAAUUGGACAUACCAGGUACUCCACACAAGGAGAGUCUGAGAUGCAGAAUAUACAGCCAUUUGUUGUAGAAACAGAGCAUGGUCUGAUAGCUGUGGCUCAUAAUGGGGAACUGGUGAAUGCUAAGUCAUUGAAGAAAAAGUUGUUGCGACAUGGUGUUGGUUUAUCAACAGGAUCUGACAGUGAGCUAAUCACACAGUUAUUGACACAUUUACCUGAGUGUGGAGAACCACAGGGUCUUGUUAACUGGGUUGGCAGAAUAAAAAGAAUCAUGGCAGAAACACUGACAUCAUACUCUUUAGUCAUCAUGCAUCAUGAUAAGAUCUAUGCUCUGAGAGAUCCAUUUGGAAACCGUCCACUGUGUGUUGGUAGACUGUAUCCUGCGGCAGCAUUCUCAGGAAAGAAAGUGUUGGCAGAUGAUGAUAUUGAUGGAUGGGUGGUGUCAUCAGAAUCAUGUAAUUUCAACAGUAUGGGUGCUAGAUAUUACAGAGAAGUUUUACCUGGAGAAGUGAUAGAAUUAAGUAAAGAUGGUGUUAAGUCAGUGUAUAUAGCUCCCAGACCAAACAAAGCUCCACCUGCAUUCUGUAUAUUUGAGUAUGUUUACUUUGCUAGAACAGACAGUACAUUUGAAGGUCAGAUGGUAUAUACUGUGAGACAGAGAUGUGGAAGACAGCUGGCAGAAGAGGCUCCCGUCAAUGUUGAUAUUGUUAGUACGGUACCAGAAUCCGCUACACCGGCUGCACUGGCUUAUGCAGAAAAGCUUGGGAUACCAUAUGGUGAAGUUUUCUGCAAAAACAGAUACAUAGGAAGAACUUUCAUACAACCAAAUAUGAGACAGAGGAAGCUAGGUGUGGCUAAAAAGUUUGGUGUACUGACGGAAAAUUUCCGUGGAAAAAGAGUUGUACUAAUAGAUGAUUCCAUUGUUAGAGGUGUCACCAUGGUACCAAUCGUCAAACUUCUCCGAGCCGAAGGAGCUGCAGAGAUUCAUAUAAGAAUUGCAUCACCACCAAUCAAGUAUCCAUGUUACAUGGGCAUAAAUAUCCCAACAUUUCAAGAACUCAUAGCUAAUGUAGUUCCUCUGGAAGAUAUGCCAGCACAUUUUGGUGCUGACAGUUUACAAUAUUUAUCAGUGGAUGGAUUGAAGAAAGCAGUGAGAGAAGGGAUAAAGAAUCCUGAUGGUUCAACGGGGCAUUGUGUAGCAUGUUUAACAGGGGAAUACCCGGUCAAGUGUAAUGACUGGUAGAUGUAAUGCAUCAAGCAUUGCAAUUAAUGUAUGUUGUUGGUUAUGCUUAAAUUAUGAGGGUUCCUGCCAAUAUGUAUUUUAUGGGGAAAUUUUCAAGGAAAAAUUAUAAUAAUUAAGGAUAGUUUUACAAUUUUUCUAUCUCAAAAGACGAAAAAUAUUAUUAUUUAGAUAUAAACAAUGUUUCAAUUCCUGCUGUAGGUCUAAAGCUGUACAGAGAGAGAAUUAAAAGUAUUUACAAAUGAAAAGAUGACUGUAGUUUUUCCUUUGCAAUUCAUAGAAAUGAUUUGAAGUUGCUCAUUAAAAGUUGUGAAGUUUUGUGAAAGAAAGUUUGAUAUUUUCAACAUAUGUAUAAGGGUGGCUUCUCUACAUCAUACAUCACAUCCAUGAUUUACGUUUUGCUUUGUUUUGUAUUUUACCUUGUUUAUAAUAAGUGCUGCAUGAAAAACUAUAUUAUGUUCCAGGAUCUUAUUGAUUUUGGUAAAAUGACAAAUGUAAACAAACAAUAUUUUUUCAGUCAGCAAUAUUUGAUGGACCUUUAGAAUGAAUGCCUCUUUCCUAACCCUUUCAAAAACUUUUCUAGGUGUUGUGUAUUUUGUAAUGAUUUUUUUGUGCCACAAAUUAAUUGUAAUGUAAGUUUGUAAAUAAUGUAUCAUAGUAAUUGAGAGUUGUUUAUAGUUACAUCAUUAAGUGCUUUAUACAUAUUUCAGAUUAUUUUAUUUUGUAUUUGUGUUUUUGAAAAUGAGAAAAGAUGGUUGAUGGGUGCAGAAAUUAGAUAUGGUUUGAACAUUUAUAUAUAUGUAUGUAAGUAUCAUUAUUUGUGUGAUACCAAAUUUUCCAACAAAAGACAAAAGGAAGUAAUGACUCUUUGUCUCAAAAAAUGGUUGGAUGUUUUAAACAUGGAACAGUAAUUUCAGAAAAUAACAAUAUAUGUUCACAUCCCUAGAGUUUUCAGAUGUGGAGAGAAUAAGAAGAUCUUUAUUUUGCAAGAAAAUAUCAAAUUUUGUGAUCUUUUCCAUUUUACACAGAAUUUGAUUAGUAUUUUACAUUUGCACAAAAAUAACUUUAUACAUUUUGCCUUAACAUGAUAUACAUUGUGACUGAAAAUAAGUUAUUUUCCAAAUGUAGAGGCAUUUUUUUUAUUCACAAUUGACAGAUAACACAUGAAAAUAAGAAACAUUAGAUGAUUUUCUAAAUUUUCAAUUUAAUACUCAUUAUUCCGUGAAUCUGUUUGGAUUAUUAUGUUUUUUUGAAUCACAAUUAAAUCAUCUUUUUAUUUUCAGAAGGAAUAACAUUUCCAUUUUCAUUUUCAUCUAAUUGAAAUCAAAUUUGUUUUGAAAAAAGAUUUAUAAAUAUAAGGCCAUUUUCCAUUUGAUAUUCAUUAUUCAGUGAAUCUGUUAGGAAUAUUAUGUUUUUUAAUCUCAAUUAAACCAUCAUUGUAUUUGCAGAAUCUCAAUGAAUUAUGUCAUCAUAUCUGUUGAAUCUCAGUGAAUUAUGUCAUCAUAUCAGUUGAAUCUCAAUUAAUUAUGUCAUCAUAUCUGUAGAAUCUCAUUUUAGUUUAGUUAUAUUUGCGUGAUCUCAAUUUUAAUGCAUAAUGUUUACUGGGUGUCAAUUUAAUGCAUUAUAUUUACUAGAUCUCAAUUUAAUAUGUCAUGAUAUAUUAGCUGAAUCUCAAUUUGCUAUUUUUAUGCCCCCGCCGUAGCGGUGGGGGCAUUAAGUUUUACCCUUGUCCGUCUGUAUGAAUGUACGAACAUACGUACGUCCCAAAAUUGGUUUCCGUUCUCUAACUUGAGUUUACCUCUACCAAAUGUUAUGAAACUUCUACACAAUGCACACCCUUUAUAAAUGGAAAAAUUGCAAAAUUUUAUUUUCUUCUAAAUAUCAAGUAAUUUUUAAAAUAGUCCAUGAUUAUAGUUGAAUCAACUACAAUCAAUGCUUUAUACAAUGCAAUGUUUAAUUUUGACUUCCACUGAUAAAACACAGAUCAAGUUGAAUUUGGGUAGUGUCACUUUAACCAUUAUUGAGUUAUGCCCCUUUAUAAAUCGAAAGAUUGCAAAAUUUUUAGUUUCCAUUCUGUAACUUAAGUUUGCCCCAACCAAACAUUAUGAUACCUUUACACAAUAUUCAUUACCUCAAAACUAAGAUAAUGUACAAUUUUUUUGUUUCCGUUCUCUAACUUUAGUUUGCCUCAACCAAAUGUUAUAAAACUUAUACACAACUGUUCUAGAGUUAUGCGUGUUUACAAAUAGAAAAAUUGCUGAAUUUUUAGUUUCUGUUCUCUAUUUAAGUUAGCCUCAACCAAAUGUUAUGAGACUUACACACAAUGCUUAUUACCACAAAACUCAGAUCAAGUUCAAAUUUGGGUAGCGUCACUUUUACCGUUCUUCAGUUAUGUCCCUUUAUAACUAUAUGAUAUGCAAGCAGGGGCAUCAUCUGUGUCCACAUGUGGACACUAUCCACAUUUAUUUUUUUAUAUUUUACAAAUAUCAUUUAUACAUUUUUGAUAAUUUAAAACUAUUAAGUUCCCAUUACAACUUCUAUGACAUUUACCCCCAAGGGUGACUGGGGAAUAGAAGUAUGGUCACCAUUGGUCUUCCUCCGACUGGCAGUAAAACCCGUGCUAAAGUGGGGCGUCCGUUUGGCUGUGCGGGAUGUACAAAUUUGCAGCCACGUCGGGUCAGAAUGGGGACGUUAAAUCCGAUGCCUCGUGUAAAGAGAGUGCCACGCUCUUUGCACGUUAAGAACCCUUGCAACAACUCUUUGAGGGGUCCGUAGGUGACCUGUUGCCAGGCUAAAUUUCUGUCCCUAUCCAAUAUACCCUCAUUUCCCGUGGCAGUCUAAAUUUCUCCGACCAUAAUCCCUUAAUCUAUUACAGAACCUACCUAUUGUAUUUAUUGUGAAUUUGUUCUCGUCCUGAAUAUGCAUGAAAUAUUUGCCACUGGACGUUAAGCAACCAACAAUCAAUCAAUCAAUCUAUGACAUUUGUUAAGACAGAUAUCAGUGUGUGUAUAUAUGUGCAAUUGUUGACUGGAUAUCUUGAUUACUCACUUUGCAUAGUACAUUAUAUAAUACUGUAGUGAAAUAUCCCAGUUAUUUAUGCAAUUUGAUUGGUUGCCCUGACAGGGGAUUUGGUCUCAUAUAAUCUCGACAUGAAAGAAUUUACCAUUUGAACUUCAUUUGAAAAUUCAGGAUAUCAUCUUUAAAUAAUGUAACAUCAACUGUGUUUGGAAUAGAUGCUUAUAACCAUGUUAAAUCCAUUUAAUACAUGUAUGAAAAACAAUUGUUCACAAUAAAUCAUUUAUAUUUUAGCUGUUGAAAAUGUGCCAUUUUGAAAUCACUGAACGCAUGAUAUUCAAAAAUUGUGGUAAUGUUGACAGAUGUGUGUAGAUAGAGAGAUUGUGUAAGAAUAAAUCAUUUCGACCUUAAUUGGAAUAUAUAAAUCUACUAGUUACCAUGAAUUGAUAAUGGGAACAGCCAUAUUUUAAGUUUUAACCAAAUUUAUGUUUACAAAUUUUUACUAUUUUACAAUUUUGUUUAUUUUUUAUACCAAAUAAAUUUGAUGAGA